AGGGGACACUGGGACAGACGCACCGAGGCCCUGCGCGUCCCCGACCUCGGCGGCUCGGCUCCCGAUCUCGCUGGCUCGCUGCCUGUCUCUCCGGACGCCGUCAGCCAUCGCUGUCUGCCUCGUCAUCUCUAGACGCCCAGGAGCCGCCCCGCCCGCCCAGCGCUCGGUGCCACCGCGCUUCCCUGGCGCGUCUGCAAGCCGGGCCGGUCGCCCAGUCCGCUCUCCGCCGAUUCCGUCACUCGGCCGGCAGUAAGCCUUGAUCCCUGUUUGAGGACUUAAGGUAAGUUGUCCACUGUGGCACUGCCCAUUCCCCAAUUUCUGAUUUAGGGUUUGCUCUUUGCUGUCUAUUGCAUCAAUCAGGUGGAAGAGUCAAGUCUAUUGUCGCGUUAACUAAACAACCGGACAUGCUAUCCAGUACAUGAACACACAGUCCUGUGAAUACAUACACAUAAUUUUUCUAUCCACUACAUGAACACCUGAUCAGUGACAAAAUAAUGAUUUUUCUGAUUGUUUGCCACUCUAACAAUGCCACUCUUUACAAAUUGACAAUGCCACAGAGUCUUUUUUGAACUUCUCAAGGUAUGUAUUAUGUAGGCUUCUCUUAUGCAAAAUUGAGAAUUUAAGUAUGUCUGUAAGACCAUAUUGAUCUAUUUCUAUGUGCUAUUGGUAAAUUAAUUAGAACGUUGGCAUGUCAUAUUUGUUGUCAAAAGGAAAGAUGGACCACCCUGCUCGUUAGGGCCCCUUUAUUCAAAGUUGUUUGUGUGACAAUGUAUGAGACUUGACUCUGUGAUUAAAUUAGUAGGAUAGAAAAUUUUGAUUAUUGGCUAGCAGACAGGUUUGAUUUUGACCUGCAAAAACUGAGAUGCAGAGUUAAAUACCAUUCAUCGAGAUUUACUGUCCCAAUACAAGAAAUGGGUGGAAAGAUAAUACGAAGAAUGAGAAUUAGGAGAAGAUAAUACAGUGAUGGUCCUUCUUCUGAAUUGUCCUUGUUGAGAGAGACUUGAGACAGUUUGAUGGACCAAAUGCAUAUAUGAAUGUUGUAUCGUUGAUGUUGGACCUUUCUGGACUUUCUUCUUUUGAAUUUGUGAAUUGCUGGUCAGUGCAUGCCUAUAUUAUCUUGUAGUAUAUGGUAAUGUAUUGCUAGUUCUUUAGCAAAGGUCAUGCCAUAUUUUUCUUGCACCGAGCCUUGACCGGCUUGCGAGCUUCAAGAGCUUGGCCGGAGGCUUGGGCCUGGCUUGUUGGAUCUUCGAGCCCUGAGCUUUCUGUCCAGCCUUAGUUGUGUUGUAAUAUUUGGAAAUUUCAAACAUAUUUAGUUAAGUCUAAUGUUGUGAGACUUGAUUAAGCUAUUCAUAUUGCUCUUCUGGUCAAUUUCUUAUUACUGUGUGAUGUCAGAUUCUUUUGUAGGUGGCCCACUCUAUUAUUUGUUUCUAGCUCAGCCACUGCCUCAGAAUAGCUUAGGACCUGAGAAGUCCUUUACUCCAUAAGGCAAAACAAUGGAGGACUGUGCAGCCACCCCUGUUCGCCGCCCUGCCGACCCCUCCUCCCCAUCCCUAACCCCGUCUCCCUUGUCUCUGCGCCAGUGGCGCCCAGCGGCGCAGCGCAAUCUGCGCAACCAGUGGUCGCGCCUGCUUGCCGCCAAGACCCGGUGGCUGGACGCCGCCGCCAGCGGCCGCUCCCAUGCCGCCACACUCGUCAACGCCUACCUCUCCCGCAGUUACAUGCCAGGGAUGGAUUUGGGGGUGCUCAAGGACAUGCCCAGGAUCCGCGACAGGGCGAGCGCCAAAUUGGCCCACAAGGAGGUGCAAUGCCGCGAGAUGCUUCUAUCAGCCUACAAGGAGAUGGUCUGUGCCAUGUCCGACUUGGUUAAAGCUUCUCAUGCCAUGCGGUGUUUCUCCAAAGUAUCUGCUGGUAGCCCACUAGUCCGAUUUACUGAUCGCCAGGAUGAUUUGAAUGAUUUAGGGGAUGGUGGAGGAGCUCCAGUAUACAGAUGGGUCUCCAUGUUAGAAUUUGAAAACCUCGCCAAAGAGCUUGUUGAGAUGUUUGUUUCAGAGCUACAAUUGAAGAGACUGAUUGUCUUGGACCUCCUGUCAAUUAACUUAAAAGAAGGUGCAGGUCCUUCAUUAGAAUGGUCAGAUGAGCUAUAUGACGGGGAAUUGUACGAAUUUCAGAGUAUUGCCUUGGGGUCUGGAGACAGCUUCCCACUACCUGAGAAUUGGAAGGCUGAUGUCUUUCAGGGACGGCGACCUGGACAUGCUCCAUCCCAUGAGGUUUUACAGGUUUAUUUAACCUGUUGGCUUGCUAAUGUGAACAUCAAGACGAGUAGAGUUGACGAAAUAUUUGAGCUUGUUGGGGAAGAGAUGCAGAUCAAACUGCGUUGAAGAUUUUGAUGCAUAGAAUUUAAGCGGGAACCAUUCGGGAAUGUUCAGGUUAUUUUUUUCCUUAACGGAAGUGAUUUAGGCUAAUUAGCCUGUGUGAUAUGCCCUGAGAAAGAGGGCUCAUCUAAUCUUUCUCAAAUGCAUUACUGUUAGCUUGAAUACAGUUGCCCAGGCCCACCAAUUUGUGUAACAAGGCUGAGCCAUGAGCCCACCAGUUCCUGGAAAUCCAGAAUGCCUUGCCUC